AUGUGGUCAUUCAAAUUUUUACUGCACAUUCUUACAUUCGAAAUCUUUCUUUUGUCUAAUGUGAAUCUAAUCUGCAACGCCUCCACCAAUGGCGACAGAAAAGUUUAUAUCGUGUACAUGGGCGCAUUGCCUAAGAAUGAUGACCAAUAUACUCCCUCGUCUCACCAUCUCUCCCUACUGCAAGAGGUUGUCGAUGACAGCCAAUUAGGGUUGGCAGGAUUAUUGAUCAGGAGUUACAAAAGAAGUUUCAAUGGAUUUGCGGCAAAACUAACCGAUGAUGAGGCCCAAAAGAUUUCAAGCAGAAAAGACGUCGUCUCUGUUUUCCCGAGCAAGAAGUUGCAGCUCCAGACCACGAGAUCAUGGGAUUUCUUAGGCCUUCCUCAACCCACAAUGAUUAAGAACCCUGCGGGCAUUGCCAAUGAUGUUGUGGUCGGAAUUAUAGAUAGUGGAAUAUGGCCGGAACUACCCAGUUUCGACGACCGUGGUUUUGGUCCUCCACCGGCGAAAUGGAAGGGUGUUUGCAGAGGCGGAACCAAUUUCACCUGUAACAAUAAGAUCAUCGGCGCCCGAUACUACUCUUCCCAAUCGGCAAGAGACGACCAAGGUCACGGGACCCACACGACGUCGACGGCAGCAGGAAACGUGUUGAAGGACGUCAGCUUCUAUGGGCUGGCAAGCGGCGUCGCCAGAGGCGGACUUCCCUCCGCUCGAAUCGCCGUCUACCAGGUGUGCGACGACCUCGGCUGUUCGUCGGCGGACAUUCUGGCCGCCUUCGACGAUGCAAUAGCAGACGGCGUCGACGUUAUCUCCCGCCCCCAAUCUGCCACCACUUGCAGCGUAGCUCCGUGGUUGCUCUCUGUCGCCGCCAGCACCAUCGACCGAAAAUUCGAGUCCAAAGUUGUUCUCGGUAACAGGAAGAUAUUCACGGGGAUUUCUGUGAAUGCAUUCGCGGGGAAUGGGCUGGAGUCGCCAUUGAUACAUGGAGAUCCAUCAAUUGGUUGCCCAGGAGCUUGUGGGAACAAAAUUGUGAUAUGCGAUUCCAUCGAAGAAAAGGAGCUGGCUUUUGAAGCCGGCGCCAAGGGAGUUAUAUACCCUUACAACACUCCCGAUGCCGCCUCUGUUGUCGCCUUGCCUGCCGCCGGGGUGGAUUUCCAAACCCUUGACGCCGUCAUCUCAUAUCAGAACUCUACCAAAAAUCCAGUGGCGAAGAUACUAAAAAGCGACACUGUGAGAGAUCCAGGAGCGCCAUUGGUGGCUUCCUUUUCCUCCAGAGGUCCGAAUUCGAUCAUCUCUGGUAUUCUCAAGCCGGAUGUGAGUGCUCCUGGGGUGGAUAUCUUGGCUGGGUUUUCUCCGGUGGCAUCAUUAUCUGAUAAUCCCUAUGACAAAAGACGAUACAAUUUCAAUGUGUUAUCCGGAACUUCUAUGGCCUGCCCACAUGUCACCGGCGUAGUUGCUUACCUCAAAACCAUGCACCCCGAUUGGUCUCCUUCCGCUCUCAAAUCCGCCAUCCUCACCACCGCGACACCAAUGCAUCCGGGGAAUGUUCAAGAUCCAACCCUUACAUACGUAUCCACAGAAUUCGCUUAUGGGUCUGGGCAGCUGAAUCCUGUGAAGGCCACAAAUCCAGGACUUGUCUAUGAAACAUCAGCACAAGACGACAUCAACUUGCUCUGCAAUUUGGGCUACGAUACCGCCAGAAUCAGAUCCGUCACAGGUGACAAAAACAGCACUUGCCUUGCUCGAGCUGACCCAGCUGCUAUAAAGGACUUCAACUACCCUUCCAUAACCGCUGAUGUUUCGCGUACGAGGGCUGCUUUCCAAAUUGCAUUUCUAAGAACGGUGACGAACGUGGGAACAGCGACGUCGACGUACACAUCCCAAAUUCUGCCGACCAUGGGAAGACUGAAGAUUGAAGUGACGCCGCCGGUUCUUUCUUUUGGGUCCUUGAAUGAGAAGAAGUCUUUCACCGUGACUGUAUCGGGAGGUAAAGCUCCGGCGGAUGGGUUUUUGGCCUCCGCUUCACUGAUUUGGGGAGAUGGGGUUCAUAGUGUUAGAAGCCCAAUUGUUAUUUACACAUAA